CGUGUAUUCAUAUAAAUACAUAUGUAUUUAUGUCUCUGUUGUAGGAUACUAUGCACGACGGAUAAACUUAAAUCGUGAAUACAGCGCAAUACUUGUAAUUUUCUAACCCCUCUUCGACAGUAAUGAAUAGACGGUGUAGCGAUUUUCUAAGGGUGAACUACUGGGAUGAAUGCAACAUUGCUCGAAGCAUAGGAACACUGUUGAGUGCGGUUUCCGCCACACAAAUAUGGCUGAUGCGCUAGUGAGUGAGGCCAUCAUCGAGAUCGAGACACUACUGCGAUUGCUUAGUGAAGGUGAGGAAUUAAGCGCCGCGUCGGUGGGCUAUGACACCUACCUGCAAGCUGUGGUCGCGUGCUGUGACUUCAUUUGCCUCGAUGGCGCCGAAGCCAGCGAUCUGUCGCAAGGAGCUGAGUACAUGGACACGCAUAUGCUCCUGCGGCACAAGCUGCUGCUGAAUGCACUCGUGCGACAGUAUGGCUAUGAGGCAACGCUGUAUAGCUCUGACACCUCACUGAGUAUCGGUCCGUGUGGGUACCUGCUUGCGAUAGUCUGCUUGCGGCUGCAGGACUACUGCCUGGACGCAGUCGGCGAAUGGCCUCGCGCCAGUGCCCGUCAAGUGGCAUCAGAUCUUCUGAGUAUUACAUUUUCUGAGUCCGCGUUUUAUACAAAACAAAGCAAGACAACAACACACACCUCCCCCAUCGGCCGAUCAGAGCCGUCAGAGUUUGUACCAGCGCAACCCCAGCCCGCUGCACCCGAUACCUGCAUUGGUAAGGGUGAUGAAAGGGUGCCACGAGAAGUAUCCAGACAGCGGCGUGAGUUGGAAAAGCGAGUAUAUCUGGUGCAAGCGAGUGUGGCUCAGAGAUGCCUCUCAGUAUUUUCGGCUGGUUGUGUACGGGACAAUUCUAGCCCCGAAAAGAACGCGUUGCAGUUUCUGGCUACAGCAGCAUCCUCAGCCGAUGAUAUAACUUCCGCUGGGCAUGUUUUGCGCCACCAUCCCCCGUGGCGGUUAGGAGCCGAGCGCUCUGAGCUGCACACGUGCCUUGUUUGGCUGAGGCGUUGGCUGUCGCAUAUGUAUGUGCACUCCACAGACCCCACCACGUGUACGCCAAUACCAGACGUAACACCCGCAUGUGUGUCUCCGGAGAUCCUCAGGGGGACGAUAGACUCGAGUGAACCGGCCGAUACGACUGCUUCAACGGGGUCACGGGGGUGUACGGUAGGCGGAGGAGCGUGUGUGUGUGCGGACUGUGUGGCUGCUGUACAUAACGCAAUGCAUGUGGUGGAGGUAUUGCUGCGCAAUUGGAGACGCCGAUGUGAGUCCUGGGGACAGGACAAGCAACGGCCCUGUCCUGAGGACUCUCGGGACACACGGAUCAGUGGCACACACACACUGAGCAAGUGCACAGUCGACGCCUGGGAUAUAAAUAGAAUGGAGCUGCGAUUGGCUCUUGUCACAGUGGCAGAGCUGAUGGACGAUGUGGGGCAAGCCUUCACGACUAUCGCCCGCACUCGGCUGGCCUUUGUUGAAUCGUUUAAGACGUGUACUCACACCAAUACGCACACGUCAAUGUCCACAGUACCAACACCCGCUGAUGCUACUCAAGCUGCAGAAAACUCAGCGCAUCUAAAGGGCACGGGAGAUGGCAGCCCCACACCAUUCCAACCCGUGGCCAGUCUAUACAGGGAGCUUACUCGGAUGGUCGACCCCAUCAGCAAGCACAUGGGAUGGGACAGGGGGGAUGGGCAUCAAAGUGCUGUGGUGAAUAGGAAGAGGAGGCGAUUGUCUAGCACAGCAGACCGACCGAACGAGCUGACAUCUGCUGCGACGGAACGGGAGCGGGAGAGUGUGGGCAAUAAAGAGACAUGCGAUACUGUUAAGGACACAACACCAUGCACUGAGAGUGUAGGUAGUAAAGGGGUAUGUGAUACUGUUGAGCGUACAACUACGUACGCUUCGACAUUGCCCGAUGCGGUAGGUGCAAACGACUGUGGUGGUGUGGGUGUUGUAGGGGCUGGAACGGCUCACCAGGACGAGAAGAGGGCCGAGAGCAAGCGAGCGAAGGUAAUGGUGGCGUGUGCAGGCGAAGGUGUAAGCGAAGUGCGCGUAGGUGUGGAUGUGGGUGUGGGUGUGGGUGUGGGUGGGGAGGGACACUGUGGUAAGACGGUUUUCGGCCAUCGCGAGAGGUCUGCAAGGGCGGCACAGAUGGAAUGUACAGAAGGUGUAAACAUGCACCCACACGUGGAUACACAUCACGAUACACACACACACACCGGUGCAACGACACUCGCAGCCUCGCGCAUGAGGACCGGUACAGCCACACACGCGCAAAUAGCGAUGGACCAAGUACUGGACCCCGAAACGGGGGCCGGGUUCGGAUUGGGUUAUGCCACGAUAGAAAAAUGGGUGCAACGCAUCGAGAAUGAGGAGGGCGAGUAUCUCAUGUGGCUGGAUCGGCUGAUGGCGUUGCCAGGGGAAGUUCGAUACCAGGUUGCAUCGUUCUUUGAUAAUUGUCCUGUAGGUGGCGAGGGGUAUACGGGUGCUCCUUUCAUGUCACCGUACGUACCCGAAAGGCAUCACAGCGAGCGUGAAACGGCGGGUGCGGCGGGAAUUGAUGACAAAGUGCUCUCGCAACGUGACACAUUGCCUGCGUUGCUAUGGCAACGCGUGUAUUGUUCUCCAACGAGCGCUGCCGGCCAGCACUCCAGCGAAACUCUCGAGCCGAGCCCAUUCCAACACAAAGCUUCCGGUGACAACGGCUUGGGCUCCGUCCCACAACAACCAGCCACACCCCCACCCAACCCCCAACCCCAACCCCAACCCCAACACCAACACCAACCCCACGACCAACUUCAAGGCCACCCGGAGGCUCUGUGGCACAGAAUACUGUCGUCGUGCGAAGUGCAGGUGACGGGUGCGUCUUAUGCGUGGCGUGUGCGGCUGCUGCUGCGUGUAGUGGACCUGUUUGUGUGGGCUUGUUCGGUGCCUUGUCCUGCGCUACGCCUGGGCUGGGGGGCACCUGCAACGGGUCUGUCCACCCGGUAUGCGUCAGAGUUCAGGUAUACGGGCGAGGAUGGUGGUGUGUCACGUAGACACGCGCGUGGUGAGAAGGGUGUGCACUCAACGGGUGGUACUGGUCUGGAAUACUCAGAGAGGGACUCGAAAGCAUAUGCAGUGCGUGACACGGCCGGGCGAGCGACGGGCCAGGGUGUGGUUAGACAGAAUCCGCAUGCUCGUGCCUGUGACAGGGAUGUGGCCUGCGGUGCUGAGCAUGCGCCGCGUGUCUCGUAUCACGCAGCAGGUGGAGUGAAAGAGCGCUUGAGAGAUGUGCUUGUGGCUGGUAUCCUGUCACUCCCCACCGGUGAUGUGGCAUAUGCCAUCAGGGGAUGGCUUUUCAACGGUGUGUGGUCGCACGUGUACCUGAGAAAUCGGUGGUAUCCCGCGCCGGACACUCCGACGGGCCGUUUGCCGCCAGCAGUGAUGAGCACAGUGUACACUGGAGACGCCUACAAUCUAUACGACACUGUCGCAUGUAAGACUCACUCCCACUCCCACUCCCACAUACAUCCAAGCACACUCCCACAACCACACGCGCCUACCGAAGCCGUGGACACGCCCAGGGGCUACCCUACUGCACACACUGUGGAUGGGAACGGCAGCGAGAGCGACGGUGCAUGUAACGUAUGUCAAGUGAUACGCAUUGACUCUGCAGACGGACAGGCCUCAUUCGCACAAGCGCUCGCCGUGUGCCUUAACCAGCUGAUGGCGGGUAUCUGUCUGACGUCUGCCGCAUCUAACGCACGAUCCACUGCCGACCCUACGCCUACCGCGCAUGCGACCGCCGCGGGUACUCCCAAAAGAGGCGCCGAAAGUCCUAAAAAUAGAAUCGUAUCCGAAGAUGUGUCAGCCGCCACGGACACGCUUCUCAGUCUGUCGCUGUUUGGGCCUGGUCAGGUGCUGAGUGGACUGCUGCGGAUGGCUCUGCAGAAUCGCACGCAGUCUGCUGUGCUCGUGGAUGUUAUUCUGGACCACUUGCGUCUGCACAGCCUCAGUAUGCGCUUUGGGGUGCCGUUGCUUGUGAAGGUCGUGCAGCAUACGGUAGGGCUGGAUAUUGGAUUGUGA